AUGGCCGAAGUCAUUCGCACGAUUUCUCCAGCCACGCAACAAGUUGUGGCCGAAGUUCAAGGAACAUCUCUCAAGGAGGCCUCGCAGAUUGUACAGGCGUCCCAGGAUGCUUUCCUUGGGUGGAAGCGAGUGCCCCUCGCCGAGAGGACCAGCAUCAUCCGUAAAGGCCUUGGUCUUAUUCAACAGCGGAAAGAGCAGCUAGGCUACGAGCUCACGACGCAGAUGGGGCGCCCUGUUGCGUACAGCGGCAAAGAAAUCGAGACGAUGGGGAAACGGGCAGACUACUUGUUCAGGACCGCUGAGGAGGCACUGAGAGAGAUCCCGGGCGAACAGGAGGCCGGUUUCCGCCGCUGGGUCAAGAAAGAGCCAGUCGGGCCUACAUUGGUGGUGUUUGCAUGGAAUUUCCCAUACUUGAUCCUCGUCAAUGCGCUUGUCCCAGCACUGCUCAGCGGGAACUCGGUUUUGCUGAAGCCGUCGCCCCAGGUGCCGCUGGUUGGCGAACGGAUUGCAGACAUAUUCCACGAGGCUGGGCUGCCAGACGGCGUUCUUCAAGUCAUCCAGUCCGGCGACCCUCAGACACUGAACGAGCUGGUCAAAUUGCCCGGGCUGGGCCUGGUCACAUUCACCGGCUCUACUUCCGUGGGACUGGCGCUUCGCGAAGCCACGGCCAGCCGGAUUGUGCCGCUGAACCUCGAGCUGGGAGGGAACGACCCGGCUUACGUGCGGCCUGACGCUGAUGUGAAGUAUGUUGCCGCGCAGCUCGUGGACGGAGCCGUGUUCAACUCGGGGCAAAGCUGCUGCGCCGUGGAGCGGGUCUACGCACAUGACGACAUCCAUGACGCCUUGGUCCAGGCUCUGCAAGAAGAGCUUCGGAGCUACAAACUCGGCAACCCAUUCGACCUGUCUACAAACGUCGGCCCAGUGAUUUCGGCGGCGGCUAAGAGGUCGAUCCAGGCCCAGAUCGACGACGCGCUGUCGAAGGGAGCGGUCGACGUGACUCCUCCCAACCCGACGUUCCAAAGUCUUCCCAAGACAGAUGCAGGCAACUAUGUGGCUCCCGUCAUCCUGACGAACGUAUCACAUGAUAUGCUUGUCAUGCAGGAAGAGACGUUCGGGCCCGUGAUUCCCGUGGCCCGAGUGACCAGUGACGACGAGGCCAUUGCGUACAUGAAUGACAGCACCUACGGACUGACCGCCAGCGUGUGGACCCAAGAUAUUGCGCGUGGCGAAGAAAUCAUGGAACAACUCGAGGCGGGCACCGUGUUCAUCAAUCGCUGCGACUACCCGAGCCCGGACCUAGCCUGGACCGGAUGGAAGAAUUCUGGACUUGGUUGUACCCUAGGGCCGAAGGCGUUUGAUGCUUUCUACAAAUUGAAAAGCUACCAUAUCAAAGAGUCACAGGGGUAG